AUGCAGACCAUACUGUUUGUCUUGGUGUCUUCGAUUACUUCGGUGUCAUGUGUUAUUAAUGAUUGUCCAAAGUACAAUAAACCAACAGUUAGUAUCGGUGGUUCUACAGCAAAUUCAUUUCUGGCAUUUAGUGCAAAGUUGAUAGAUAAAUUUGAGAAUAAAGCUGGCAGACUCGCGGAACUCCCCGGUGCUUUACUGGCAGAAGAUGCGGAUGUUGUAUGUCUGAAUGAGGUGUUUUUAGAAAGGGAUAUAUCGACUAUAUUUAGCCAGGUAAAGAAAACGUAUCCAUACGUUUACAGCUCCAUUCACGAUGGAACAACAAAUAACUUAUUAGCGGCGACAUCAUCUCCCUGUCCAUUUUUCAAAACAAUUCGUCUUAUGUUUUGCUUGAGAAAAUGCAAAGGACUAACGGACAUUAAAGGAAUACUAGAUUGUGACAUCCAAUAUAAAUGCGGUGCAUGGGAAUCACUGAAACAAGAGUGUAUCACUUGUGGGGGAGCUGAAGGGGCUGGUCGUGUAUCAUCAUGUACUAAAAAACAACGAGUUAAUGUUGCUGGUAAUAUGAUUCUUAGCAAAUACCCAAUAACAAAAGCAGAAUCGAAAUUUUUUGUGAGCGAUAAACAGGCCAACAGAGAAGGAAAACUUAUUGUUGAAACUGCUGGACGUACCAUUGCUUGUACAAAAUUGACAACCGCUAUGAAUAGUGAUUAUUAUGAAGCUGAAACGAAGGAACUGUUUUCCUCAUCUUGGGCUGUAGAGAAUCUCUCUCAAGCAAAGUGCAUCAUGUCAAACUUCCAACAGCAGGACAAGGCCAUACUGAUGGGCGACCUUGAGUGUGGACCGGCAAUUCUCUCAAAUAACAUAAGAAAAGAACACGAACGUGAGUAG